CCCUCCCACAAGCCCUAGGGUCUGUUAUAUCUCUGAUCCUGAGUACCUCUCUCACAGAAAGGCACCACAGCAAGCAGAGGCAGCAAAAACAAAACAAAACAAAAAAGCACCCAAGACAAACGAGGAAAGAGGAAGAAAACAAAAAGCUGCCCCUUAUGGAAGAUAUAAAGGAAUCUAAGGUGAAGAGAUUUUGCUCCAAAAACAUCCUGAUCAUCCUUGGUUUCUCCUCUGUCUUGGCUGUGAUAGCUUUGAUUGCUGUGGGAUUGACCCAGAACAAACCAUUGCCAGAAAAUGUUAAGUACGGGAUUGUGCUGGACGCGGGGUCUUCUCACACCAACUUGUACAUCUACAAGUGGCCGGCUGAGAAGGAGAAUGACACGGGAGUGGUGCACCAGCUGCAAGAGUGCCAAGUGAAAGGUCCUGGAAUUUCAAAAUAUGCUCAGAAGACACAUGAAAUAGACACAUACCUAGCCGAAUGCAUGGAAAUGUCCACUAAGUUGAUCCCAGCAUCUAAGCAGCGCGAAACACCCGUUUACCUGGGAGCCACAGCAGGCAUGCGCUUACUCAGAAUGGAAAGUGAACAAUCGGCAGACAGUGUCCUGACUGCAGUGUCAAGAAGCCUUAGCAACUACCCCUUUGACUUCCAGGGUGCCAAGAUCAUCACUGGCCAAGAGGAAGGUGCCUAUGGGUGGAUUACUAUCAACUACCUACUGGGCAGAUUCACUCAGAAACAGAGUUGGCUAAACCUCAUCUCCACAGACCACCAGAAACAGGAAACCUUUGGUGCUUUGGAUCUCGGUGGCGCCUCUACACAAAUCACCUUCGUGCCCCUAAACGACACUAUAGAGGCCCCAGAAAACUCUCUGCAGUUUCGCCUCUAUGGUGAGGACUACACCGUGUACACACACAGCUUCCUGUGCUAUGGGAAGGAUCAGGCACUCUGGCAGAAACUAGCCAAGGACAUCCAGGUUUCAAGUGGCGGGACCCUCAGGGAUCCAUGCUUUCACCCGGGAUACAAGAAGGUGGUGAAUGUAAGUGAACUCUACGGCACCCCCUGCACCAAGAGAUUCAAAAAGAAGCUACCAUUUGACCAGUUUCAAAUCCAGGGCACUGGGGACUACCAACAGUGCCACCAGAGCAUCCUCGAGCUCUUCAACAACAGCUACUGCCCUUACUCCCAGUGUGCCUUCAAUGGGGUCUUCUUGCCACCUCUCCAUGGGAGUUUUGGGGCGUUUUCGGCUUUCUACUUUGUGAUGGAUUUUUUUAAGAAGAUGGCAAAAGACAGUGUCUCCUCUCCGGAAAAGAUGACAGAAACCUUAAAAAAUUUUUGCUCAAAGCCUUGGGAGGAGGUGAAAACAGCUAACCCUACAGUAAAGGAGAAAUACCUGAAUGAGUACUGCUUCUCGGGUGCUUACAUCCUCACCCUCCUCCUACAAGGCUACAGCUUCACAGGCAAUUCCUGGGAGCAGAUUCAUUUUAUGGGCAAGAUCGAGGACAGCAAUGCAGGAUGGACUUUGGGCUACAUGCUGAACUUGACCAACAUGAUCCCAGCUGAACAGCCGCUCUCCCCACCUCUCCCUCACUCCACCUACGUCACCCUCAUGGUUAUCUUCUCCCUGGUCUUGGUUGCUGUGGCCAUCAUAGGCCUGUUCAUCUAUAGCAAGCCUUCAUAUUUCUGGAAAGAGGCGGUAUAGCAGCAGCACCUGAAAUUUGCUGUCUGGAGUGAGAAAGCAGCUUGCCCAGGGAGCCUGCUCCCUGCAGGGGGUCCAGAGUCACCUUCCCUGCUUUCAGGGACAGUCUCAGCCAGCAGGAAGCUUGGGAGGCUUGCUGUGCUGAAGGCUUUCCUUGGGGACACUAGGCUUCCUCUGCCCCAAGGACUUCCUGGUCAUCUUCUCUUGUCAUUCCCAGCUGCCUUCCUUCUCCUUCAUCCUCUGUGCUUCUGAUCACGACUGUCAUGGUCUGUGCUUCAGAAAAGAACAGUAUCAACUUUGUCUCAGAGAACCAGAAUCCCACGUGCCCCAGCACCCAAUGUGAGCUGGGGGGGGUCACAGCUUUGGGACCCCCCUCCCUCCUCCUAAGAAAGCCAUGCCAUGCCUUUGGAGAGAGGAGACUCAAACCCUUUCCAACCAAGCCUGCCCUUUGGAUAGGAGAAUUUUCUAAAGAAGACAAUUAUGUGCUAAAGCCAAAGAGUUUUUGUUUUUGUUUUGCUUGUUUGGUUUUGUUUGUUUGUUUGUUUGUUUUUGCAAAGAAGCCUAUGUGCUUGUGCAGCCAACGUGGUUCAUCAUCUGCUGAAAAUAAGAGCGGAAACACGCUGUGUAUUCCUGCGAGAUGCCGAAAUCCUCUCAAGUAGGACACACCAGCCAGAGGUUUUUGAAAAGCAGAUGCACACAUAGGCAUUUAGGGGAUAUUGCAUGACAGUAUUGAAUGUGUUAGGAAGAAAACUACAGCUACCACUCAGGACUGGGAAAAAUAUACCCUCUAACGCAUCUUU